GAGGGGGUGGUGGAGAGAAAGCGAGCGCGCGCGUGUGUGAGAGAGACUGGAUAUAGGACAGGCAUCAAACGAAAGCUCUCCUGCAGACUGGUCGGGAUCCCUUCGGCCCCUCGGUCCUUCAGACGCAUCAGCAGAGAGUUGCUGAAGACGCUCGGCAUCACAGAGGAAGGGGGAAGAACUGAGACACUCACAGAUCCCGGGCUUGGUGGCUGCAUGCUCAGUUGUCUCCAGCUUGAAGAAGAACAUCUGUACUAAUCAGCAGGAAUCAUGGAUUUUGUAAUGAAGCAAGCUCUAGGUGGGGCCACCAAAGACAUGGGUAAGAUGUUAGGCGGGGAGGAGGAGAAGGACCCGGAUGCAGCCAAGAAGGAGGAGGAGCGACAGGAGGCGCUGAGGCAGCAGGAGGAGGAGAGGAAGGCAAAACACGCCCGCAUGGAGGCAGAGAGGGAAAAAGUACGGCAGACCAUCAGGGACAAGUAUGGGUUAAAAAAGAAGGAAGAGAAGGAGGCAGAGGAAAAAGCGGCCAUGGAGCAAGCCUGCGAGGGAUCGCUGACACGCCCGAAGAAAGCGAUUCCGCGAGGCUGCGGAGAUGAUGAUGAGGAAGACGAAGAGAGCAUCCUUGACACCGUCCUCAAGUUUCUGCCUGGACCUCUACAGGACAUGUUCAAGAAGUAAAACUAAAAAACACAAAACAAAUCAAAUGAACCCUAAAAUCAGGGUCCGGUCAGGCAUGGGUGAGGCUGCGGGGCAGAGGGAGGAAGGGUUCUUUGGGUUAACUGAAAAGAGACUGAGGAAAUAAUUUGUUGGGGUUUGAGUGUAGAUUCGGGGCAUGUUGAGGUUCUUGGGAUCACAAUGAAUUUGGGGAAGGGGGGGGGGGGUGUCCUCGUCAAACUGUUAGAGGCUACACACUGCCUUUGUAGAGAACCUUUACUUUGCUUUUUCUACUCUUUGAUGACAGUGUCAUUCUUCCUCUUUUCUUUACCGCAGUAGUUGUAAAACUUUCACAUUUCUUACACCUGAGUUGUUUUGCACUUGUUCACGCCCAUUAAGAACAGACGGAGCAUGGCCAUCGUGGAGAACAGCAUUGGACGACAGUGGAUUCGUGUCUGCUUACUUUUGUGUUUAAAUGGCACUUCCAGCGCGUUUUCCAGUUGAUGGAGCAUGUUCUGUUUAAAUCAAUGGGUGUUUUCGACUUUUACAAACCUCGUGUAGACCUUUAUAGUACAAGAAAUCAACAUUUGAGUUUUUAGGACACGUGCCUUCAUAUCAUCUCCUCUAGCAAAGGAAUUGUAAAUGAGGGUUUCAUUUUGAGUCAACGCUGUUGGUAGCAUGUAGGCACUCGUUCAAAGAUACAAGACUGGACAAUUUUGGAAUAACGUAUUUGAUAUUAGGAUUUCUAGUGGGCAUAUAUGGUUGAUGAUGGUGCCAAUGUUCAAAGCAUCCAAACUUGUGGAAAUGCCAGAAUAAUUGCAAAAUAUUAAAAUAUGAUUUGUAAUUCCUUUUAAGAUCAAAAGCUUCCAAAAAAAAAAAACGGUCUGCGAAAAAUAGGAUAAAAAAAGAGAUCCCCUCUGCUUCCACCGCUAGUUUUACAAGAGCUUUUCUAAUCUGGUCAGCUGAUUAGACUGCCACUACGUUUUGACAGAAGAGAAACUUUACUGCUUAAACAUUUUAAAAACUCAUGUCAACGUGUGAAUUUUCAUUCAUCAUAAGCUAACAGACCAAGUUGUCAUCAUUUAGGUGGUGUGGGUGCCAUAGACAAUCAGAGCAUUGACCAAUGGGAUACUGAGGGUUGCUGGUACAUGCUUUCAUCUCCACUAGCAACGGGUUGAUUUGGUUACUAAGCACUUGAUUAACUUAUUGGUGUUUUUCACACUUUCAUUAACGUGCUGAAAUUGAAAUUGACUUCACAUCCCACCUGAGCUAACCUUUUCCUUCAUCUUUUAAUGUACAAAUCUACCUUGACUGUCACUCAUCGACAUCCAGACCAAAGAAAUGCUGGUAAGACCUUAUUUCUUUCGUCAUAAACAAAGACGUGCAUGUGUAACUUUUAUUUGCAAUCAUACGUGCCAGGCCUGCAGAAGACACACAGCAAGCUCGUUCAGCGCGUGCAUGCAUCCCAGGGACCGCCGCUAAGCUAAAACCGAUGCUCUGUUUCUUCCUCAAAGGUAUUCCAUAAUUAAUAGGUAAUGUUACCGUAGACUGAGCCUGGGAUAACUGGUCUGUGAGUUGUUGUGUCUCACUGCCUAAAGAGCCUACUAAUAUUCUGCAUCCUGCAUCAGUUAAUCCAACUAAUAUCAUAGUGAUUUGUCAUGUUAAAAUAGGUGUACUGUAGAUGAAAACAAAAUCUAUUUACUAUGUGGACAUUAAUCAAUAAAACAAAGCAUGUUGGUUAUUCUUAAAAGACCCAAUGACGUGUCAGUGGUUAGUGAUGGAACAAUGUACUGUCCGUACAUUGUUCCAGGAGUCUGUGACUUAGAACAACUUUAGGGAUUAUUAGGACCAUUGAUAAAGUUGGCAUAAACACCAUAAAACACCUUUUUCAUUUUUUUUAUUAUUAUUAUUUUUCUAGCUCAGAUAGGAAUUUUCACUAGACAAAGCCAUACUGUUUAGAUUGCAAUAAAAAUUAUAUAAAGAGAAUAUUUCAAGUUACAUGUCUCAUGUUUGUUUCCCGUAAAAAAAGAAAAGAAAAGAAGCGAAAAAAAGGGAUAAAUUUGUUUGUAAAUCCUUACCAUUCUUGUAUCUUUAAACAUGUAGACAAAGAAAAUGUAUUUAGAAAAAAAGCCAUUGUUCUGUCUCAGUGUGCAACACGUGUACUGUAAGUGUGUGUGUGUUUAUAUGUGUGCGUCUUUCUAUGUGUCUGUGAUGUGAGAUCAUAUUGUUGAUCCAUAUAGUCCUGGUUUAUACCGUGUAAGUGUGUCUUUGAGCUAUUUUUGUGCCAUGUCUAAAAAGAAGAAUACUUAACACAUUCCUUUCAGAUGUUGAGCAUGCAAUGUUUGGUAGAGAAUACACCAAAUUAACCCAAAUAUGAAAAAAUAAACAACUCCCCGUUUCUGUAGGAGUCUCCAGGCAACAGAAUCUGUGCAUUGUAUCCAGAGAGAUUGAACUGGAGAGUGUUGGAGAUUAUUAGCUGUCAGUAAAGAUGUGGUCAAAGAAAAACACACAAAAAAUAGAAACUGUAUUUUAUUUUAAGAAAAUGUACCACAGGGGCAUUGAAACAACAUUUAUGUAUAAAAUAGGAUUCUUUGAGUCUCCUAUUUAAAAACUGCUCUAAAACUAAACUUUCACAGCCCAUUACACAGCCAUGCCAUAACAUGUUUAAGUGGGAUGAAGUUCAGAGUUUAUUCCCAGCUGUUCAUCGGCUGGACAGCUUUCCUGCAAAUACACUGGAUUUGUCAGAUACGUGUGCGUGUUCUCUUCUUUGUCAGCCCGUAGAUGUAUAGAUGGUUGGUAGUGCAGUGGGCUUCAGUUAGGUGGCAUGAGGAACAUCAUCUUGAUAGUUUUGAUUAUUUACAUUAAAAAAUGAUUCCCACAUCACCCAAAGCCAGGCCAUGUGCACCUCUGCGAGAACAGAGUAAGCCCCCCACCAUAGCGGGUAGAAUUAUGGACAUGGCUUUGGUUACUGGCCCUUCAUGGAAACUACAGCCAUACAUCCUCUGUAUGUAAAAUAGUCUCUCAGCGGGACUCGUUUCGAGGCAUCACAGCAUGUGAAUUGCCUUUGAAAAGGGCUAUUGCCAUGUCAUCUUUACGUCAGGUAAGCGGUAACUCAUCUGUCGCACCUGUGCGUGUCCGUGCGUGAUGUGCAGCUGUUUGAACUCAUUCUGGUUGCAUGAUAUACACUUGUUUGUGGAGCUGUUCAGUUUAACAAAAUCCUUGGUUUCAUAGAUGAAAGUGUAAAAGCGAAGAGUUUUUUUUUCUUUAUUAUACACAGAAUAAUCCAGAUUUUUAUUUUUUUUUUACAGGGAAUACUUAAAAAGUUAUGGUAAAAUAGAAAUAAAUGUAGGUGAAUGAGAGCAAUGAAAAUUAUACAUGAAAGGUCUCAGAUGCUUUAAAAAGUCCAUCAAGUCCUGGCUGAUAUUUCUCUGAAACAUCUUAACUCAGAAAGAUGGAACUGUUUUUAUCGGAGACUGCGUCUGAAGACCUGGAUGAUCAAAUUCUGUUGUCAGGAGCCCAGAAACAUUAGAUAUACAUAAUAGGCUUGGAACUGCCAUUCAAAACCACAGUCCACCACCCCUACACCCCCGUGUUUGGUGAUUUCUCGUGACUAUUAGAAAAUGACAGCACAAAGAAUCCAUACCGACAGAGUCCAAAAGACAUGCCAUAGAUGUUUACAUCCUAAAUACAACUUUAUUAAGUGUAACGAAUGAUAGAGAUGGAGAGAAUAUCUUAGAAUUAACCUAAACUUUAUUGUUCAAUCAACUCCGAGGCUGGACUUUGUGAAAGAUGUCAUAACAUUUGUCUUGUUUGUAACAUUUUCACAUAAGCUUAUGCAUAUGAACUGCCCUGCUGAAUCCUGCCAGUGACUGUAGAAAUGAAAGUGAAUGUGUUGUACUUAAUACUUAGUCACCGAGUUUACUUGUGACUGGUGAACUCUCAUUAGCUGUAACUGUGAACAGAAAUACAUUCCUGACUUUUUUGGCAUUUGCACUAGGAUAAGUUGAAAUGUUAUACUGGCAACUGCUAUGGCAUCUACUUUCCAUGACAGUUUACUUUACCUGCCUGCCAGCCUUCUGAAUGCUACAUUAGAAGGGCUCUAGUGAUAUUCGCCAGGUUAUUGAUUAUGUGACCUUGUUCUGGUCACCACUCAUGCUGUCUUUACUGUCUGAGAAGCAGACUCCAUCUGGGGAGAGAAUGGCGUGAUGAUCACCAGAAACUGCUGAUAAGAAAAUUUGUAAGGAAGUGAAAAAAACCGUUUUUAAAAAAAUCUCCAAAAGUCUAAACGAGAGGGUCUUUAUUUUUAAUUCAGGUUGAAUAAUGACUCAUUUCAGGGGGCAGAGGUUAAGAAUGUAAAAUAUGAGUUCUUAUGUUGUUGUUUUUUUUCUUUAAUUGCAUGUCAUAUACUCUUAUGUGGAGCCCGAUCACUGUAAAACUGUCAUCUAUGGAACGGAAACAUCCUUUUUGGAAAUUUAAUGCAUAAGACUAAUAAAA